UCAUUUUUUUUCUCACAGCAAUGCGAAUGCGUAUAGCGUCAUUUCUGCAAGUCUUUUCCUGAAGCUCUCUCAAUCCCUCUCUCUAAUGCACAGACUGUCCGAUCUGAGAAACAGGUUAAAGAAUGGAGAUUAAACCCUAAAUUUUCACACUCCUUGGUCUCUCCUCCCUCUCUUCCGGUCUCUCUGCUUCUCCGAUCCAGGUAGCUCCUAUUGUACCGUAAAAAAACCCUAGUUUUUGAGCUUCAUAGAUUACAGCAAAACCCUAGAAUUUGUUUCAUUGGAUCUCAUUUGGGACUUUCCGAUGUCGAUAAUUUGAUAGUCGUCGAUAAUCGAGCGUUUUAUAUGGCGUGGGCUGCGAGAUUCCAUUUUUGAUUGAAAGAAAGUAGUGAUUCUUUGUACAUAUCUUGCAUUUUCAGCAUCAAUUUUGGUGACAAUGAUUGCCUUCCGUUUUGGCAAUUUUCCCAAGAAAGUUUAAGGAUAUUGAACUGGUAUUUCUGGCGGUUUUAUUGUAGUUUGAGCUGGAUCAGAGGGUGGACUUAGCUGGAUAUCAGCUGCUAGUUCAUGCCGCUUAUCUGAUUGGCGUCUUAAAGGGGCUGAAGCUGAGCAGUAAUUAACUGAUUGCUUGCCCUAAAACAUCUAAAUUUGAUCAGUUUACUCUGCGGUAUUAGAAUAACUAACAGUGUUUUCCAGAGAUAUUUCAUAUUUUGAAGGUGGAGAUAGGAGUGCCCGGAUUUAUUUGGUUGGUGUCACGAAAUAUUGGGUAUUAUUUAGCUUUAGCGGAUGCCGGAUUUUGUACUCGAGGUAACAUGUGGUGACUAGUGGGUUCUGUAGUCAAAGGAACCAUACUGAUCAUAUCGUUUUUGGUUGUUAAAAUUAAUCAGCAAAAUGAGUUUAGAAAACGAAGAGCAACAUGGAUUGAAUCAGCACGCUGAAGCAAGACACGAAUCAGAAAAGAAGUUAAAAUUUUCUUAUACAAGAGAGUUUCUACUAUCGUUGAGUGAAUUGGAUGUUUGCAAAAAUUUACCAAGUGGAUUCGACCCAUCGCUUCUAAGUGAAUUUGAAGAUGCCUCGCAGGAUAGAUUCAGGAUUUCUGGCAGCUUAUCAUCCCAAAGUUAUAGACGUAAUGAAUAUGGUUCAUCACCACCCACUAGAGGGGAUAUGAGUAAUUAUACUCGGGGAAUUCAUGGAAGGUGGGAUAGUCGUUCCUCUGGAAGGAGUGAUCGUGACAGUGACUCCCAAUCUGACUGGGAUUCAGAUUCUGGAAAGCGUUUUGGCAAUCAGUCUCGGCGACCUUGGCAAGUUCCUGAGCAUGAUGGACUCCUUGGAAGUGGUUCUUUUCCAAGACCAUCCGGAUAUACUGCAGGGGCAUCAGCUCCAAAGUUUCGAGCUAAUGAUCACUACCAGCUCAAUAGGAACAAUGAGCCAUAUCACCCACCUCGUCCUUAUAAGGCUGUACCUCAUUCCCAUAGGGAAACUAAUGACUCAUACAAUGAUGAAACCUUUGGUUCUUCUGAGUGCACGAGUGAGGAUAGAGCAGAAGAGGAAAGAAAGAGAAGAGCUUCCUUUGAACUGAUGAGGAAGGAACAACAGAAAGCUUUUCAAGAAAAGCAGAGGUUGAAUCCAGAAAAGGGUAAAGAUGACUUCGAUAUUAGUGAGUUGAUGGAGGAUCCAAAAGAUGAUAAGGGAUUUCUCAUCAGAAAAAAUGAGUCAGAUGAGCCGUUGACACAGUCUUCUUCAAAUGCUGAUUCUGAUAAGUCUUCCUUUUCCUCACCAGCUCCUGUAUCUAGACCUCUUGUGCCACCAGGAUUUUCCAGCACUAUGGUGGAGAAGAAUAUUGGAAUAAAACCUUCAAUUCAUCCUCAACCACCGGAGAUUGGCAACGAACACGAGGGCAGCCAUUUGCAUGCUAAAGGAAACGGUUUGCUAAGUGGGGCUUCUAAUAAUCAAGAGGAGAAACAAUCUACAGAACAGAUUGACUCAGGAGAGCAGCAGCUUGGUAGUCCAAAUAUUCAUGUUUCAUUUAAUAAUCAGAGUGAAAAGAUUCUGAAUUUGUCAUCAGCAUUGGAUGUUUCAAGUGAAGCAGUUGGCAUGGAUAGUCAAUAUUACAAGACUACUAAACUUUCUGAAGCUUUUGAGACCUCAGAGAAUAGUGAAGUCAUAGAGCUUGAUGCUAAGGAUGUGACAGGGACUAAAGUUGUGAGGGAAUCCAGUCCAACCCAUUCAACCUCAAUCCUUGACAAGCUCUUUGGCAGUGCAUUGACACUAAAUGGUGUUGUUUCCUCUGGUUUUAUUGAGCAUCAGGACCUUAAAGAAGAUGAGAAAAGGAGCCCUCACAUGGUCCAGUCUUCCAAGUUUGCUCAAUGGUUUCUUGAAGAAGAAAAGAAACCAAUUGAUGGUCUCUCAUCUGGCAGUAACAAUAAACCAGUUGAUGGUCUCUCAUCUGGCAGGCCAAAUGAUUUGCUAUCAUUAAUUGUUGGUGGUGAAAAAAGUGGAUCCCAGGUUUUUGAUGUUAAGGCUAUUGAGAACAUUCCACCAAGCCUUCCUCUCCAAAGCUCUGGACUCGCAGAUGGGAACAUGACAUCCAAUCCAGUGCCUGACACUGUUGAAAAUAUUGAUAAACUAGAUGCAGUUCCAGCUUUACUUACAUGUGAAGACCUUGAGCAAUCAAUUCUUUCAGAAAUUACUGAAAAUAGCAUGACGUUGCAGCCACCUGAACGGGGCUGGAGUGAUUCUGGAGCACAGACUGAACAACAGAAAGCUGAUAUUGAUGAUCAUGCAUCACAACACCUCCUUUCGUUGUUGCAGAAGGGGACAAGCCUGUCUACUGAUUCAGAGAUCAUAUCCUCAGACACAAAACAAAAUAUGGAAGUUGACAAUCUUGGCACCCUGCUUGCUAGUUCCAGAGAAAGAGACACCAAGAACAUUCCCGAUGGAGGCAAGCUUUUGACUCUUGAAACACUUUUUGGAACUGCUUUCAUGAAGGAACUGCAGCCAAUAGGAACACCAACUUCUGGCCAAAGGGGCUCAGUUGGAUCAAUGAGAAUUAAUGUUUUGGAGUCUCCUUUUCCUGCAAGGGAUGAUAAUCUCCAUGCUUCUACAGAUGAUAUGACAUCCAGCAUGUCGAGUCAUGGCAGUGGCAUUCUGGUGUCAAAUCAGAGACAACGAAUGAAAUCAGAAAGUAUUGAAGAACAGUUUUUAGGGUUUGAUCAUCAAAAUGAAGUGGAUUCGUCACAACACCUAACUGAAUUGGGAUCCAAGCUUGGUGGCUUUGAUGGGUCUGCUGACAUUCGACUUCCUGAAGAAGAUAGCUUGAUUAUGGUCAGCGACCCCCUCAAUCUUCAGAACUUUAUGCCUGGCAGGAACUCAUCUAAAGCCUUAUUAUCCAUGCCUGAGGCAGCAGUUGACAUUGCUGAAAAAUUAGCUGCUUUAAAUUCUGUAUACCCUGAUGAAAGGCCUAUUGUAGGAGGCAAAGAAGGUGCAGCCUUUUUUCGUGGUCCUUACGAUAUGAGGGAACCUGAUGUUCAGUACCCUAAAAUUCAAGCACAGCCAUCUUCUCCACAGCUUCGUCACCCUCAGUUGAAUCAUGCAGGGCCAAUGUUCCAUUCAUUAGAUUCUCAUCCUGCAACUGUUAAUGCUCAGGUGAAAUUCAUGGCCCAAGAGAACAUUCAUCAUGAUCCUCCUAAUCAUCAAUUUCCUGCAAAUUUGAUUUACCCUCCUUUCCACCACUCCAGUGCUGGACUGACUAGAUUAGAUCCUAAUCCACAUAACCCUAUGUUACAACUGCAUAUGCCUGGCAAUUUACCUCCACCCCACCUUCUACGUGGAUUUCCCCGGGGUGCACCUUUGCCUCCACAUCCCAACAAUCAGGUGCCCGGUUUUGUACAGGAACCAAACCCAAUGCAAGGUUUCCCUUUUGGUCAAAGGCAAGCCAACUUUGGUGGCCUUGGAAUUCCACCACAAGCUCCUGAUGUUGGUGGUGGAACCCGUCAUCCAGAGGCUCUGCAAAGGCUCUUCGAUACGGAACUCAGGUCAAAAUCUAAGCCAAUUCAUCCUUUUGCAAUCGCUGGCCAUAGUCAGGGGAUAUAUGGUCAUGAACUAGACAUGGGUUUUGGACAUAGAUAAUAAAUGUUAGCUACAGUUGUGAAUGUGGUGAUGUAUUUGUGAUCACAUAGUCAAGGCCUCCUUGCAUGGGCAAUGGGGUUUAAUGUGCUUCUUCAGGAGGGAUUUACCUCAUGUUUGAUGUAAUUAAUGGCAUUUUACUUGAAUUUGGCAUUCGGUUGGGAUUUCACUUUCCUUUCAUUUCUCUUCGUAUUUGAAUCAAAAAAGCUUGAGAA